AUGGAGCGCGAGCCGUGUCCGUUCCGCAUCGUCGAGGACGCCGGCGGCGGCUUCGUCCUCGGCGCCGUUUUCGGCUCUGGCUGGUACACGUUCAAAGGCGCGCGCAACUCGCCGGCGGGCCAGCGCUUCCGCGGCGCGCUGUACAACGCCAAGAUGCGCACGCCCGUCCUCGCGGGCGGCUUUGCGGUCUGGGGACUGCUCUUCUCGUCGUUUGACUGCUCGUUCGAGGCGCUGCGGCGGAAAGAGGACCCGUGGAACUCGAUCCUGGCGGGCGCGGCCACCGGCGGCGCGCUCGCAGCGCGGGCAGGACCGCGGGCGGCUGCAGGGCAGGCGCUGAUUGGAGGAGUGCUGUUGGCUGCUAUUGAAGGCGUGAGCAUUAUGGUUAACGAGUGGUUCGCGCCGCAGCCCGAGGCGAGCGCGACGGGCGAUUUGAGGACCGACCGAGAGCUGGACGAGCAGAAGCUGGCGCCGCCGUCGUUCUAG